UGUGUCCUUUUGGAGCGGAUUCACUGUGCCGCAAGUAUUCAUCACAGUCGGCCCUUUCAGCCCGUAAUCCUCAUCCUCCAGAUCAUAUCAGAGUCUCCCUCUUGCUCCGGAGGAACUGUAUCUGAUCUACCUGGUUCAAGGAUUUCACUCGAUCACUGCCAACCUACUCGUGAGAAUCGAGACGUUAUGUCCUACACUCUGCCUCAUUAA